AUGAAGAAAACUAUUAAAUUUACGCCACCUGUGGCAGACAUAGAGAAACAAAAGAAUGGGGAUGAGAAGAAACUGAAAAAAGAAGAGAGUACACUGAGUGUUGGAUACUUUCAACUGUUUCGAUUUGCAACAUGGAAGGAGGUUGUGAUGAUGGUGGUGGGGAGUGUGUGCGCGUUAAUACACGGAGCUGCCGCCCCUCUCAUGCUUCUGGUGUAUGGCAUGAUGACCAACACAUUUGUGGCUUAUGAGCUGGAAGUUCAAGAACUGCAAGACCCGAAUAAAGCGUGCCAGCACAACACGAUCCACUGGAUAAAUGGCUCAAUUUAUGAGCCUGCUGAAAAUGUUACUGUUGCCUGUGGGGUAGAUAUUGAAGCCCAGAUGACAACGUUUGCGUACUACUACAUUGGAAUUGGACUAGGAGUUUUAUGUCUUAGUUAUUUUCAAAUUGUUCUUUGGGUGUCGGCUGCUGCGAGACAAACUCUGAGAAUUCGAAAAACGUAUUUCCGCAAAGUCAUGCAAAUGGAGAUCGGAUGGUUUGACUGCAACUCUGUUGGUGAACUCAACACAAGAUUAUCAGAUGAUAUCAACAAGGUCAACAACGCCAUCGCCGACCAGGCUUCUUUCUUCAUUGAGAGGCUCUCCACCUUUGUGUUUGGCUUCAUGGUGGGCUUCAUCGGUGGCUGGAAGCUGACGUUGGUUGUCAUUGCUGUGAGCCCUUUGAUUGGGGUCGCUGCUGGACUGAUGGCAAUGGCAGUGGCCAGGCUAACAGGACGAGAGCUAAAGGCGUAUGCAAAGGCUGGUGCUGUGGCCGACGAGGUCCUAUCAUCCAUUAGAACUGUGGCUGCGUUUGGUGGGGAGGACAAAGAAGUUGAGAGGUAUGACCAAAAUCUUGUGGACGCUCAGAACUGGGGAGUUAAAAAAGGGGCCAUUAUUGGAAUCUUCCAAGGAUAUCUGUGGUGCAUCAUUUUCCUUACUUUCGCUUUGGCCUUUUGGUACGGAUCAAAGCUGGUCAUCGACGAAAAGGAGCUAUCUCCCGGCACUCUUAUUCAGGUGUUUUUUGGAGUCCUUAUUGCGGCAAUAAACCUGGGUCAGGCCUCACCUUGUCUUGAGGCCUUUGCUUCGGGACGUGCGGCUGCAAAGACCAUCUUUGAAACAAUUGACAGGGAGGCAGAAAUCAAUUGCUUUUCAGAUGACGGUUAUAAACUAAACAGAGUGAAAGGUGACAUUGAGUUUCAUAACGUCACUUUCUAUUAUCCUUCUAGACCUGAUGUCAUGAUUUUAAAUGAUCUAAACGUGCAAGUCAAAGCAGACGAAACCACUGCGUUUGUCGGCCCAAGCGGUUCAGGGAAGAGCACAGCGGUCCAGCUCAUCCAAAGGUUUUACGAUCCAAAGGAAGGAAAAGUGACUUUGGAUGGCCAUGACAUUCGAAGUUUAAACAUCAAGUGGCUCCGGUCACUUAUUGGUAUCGUAGAGCAAGAGCCGGUGCUGUUUGCCACAACUAUUGCAGACAACAUCCGCUUUGGGAAACCUGGAGUGACCAUGGACGAAGUCAUCCAGGCAGCAAAAGAAGCCAACGCCUAUAAUUUUAUACAAGAUCUUCCACAUAAAUUUGACACUUUGGUGGGUGAAGGUGGAGGUCAGAUGAGUGGAGGGCAGAAGCAAAGGAUUGCUAUUGCCCGAGCUCUGAUCCGGAACCCCAAGAUCCUGCUCUUGGAUAUGGCUACCUCAGCCCUCGACAAUGAAAGCGAAGCAGUUGUCCAGAAUGCGUUGGAAAAGGUACGCGUUGGCAGGACCACCAUUUCCAUAGCCCACCGCCUUUCCACCAUCAGGAAAGCGGACGUCAUUGUCGGAUUUGAACGUGGACGGGCUGUGGAGAAGGGAACCCACAGCCAGCUCCUGGAAAAGAAAGGUGUCUACUUCACCUUAGUCACCCUGCAGAAUCAUGGUGUAUCAAAUGCGGUUAAUGACGCUUCUAGUGGAGAUGCUGACGAGAAAAACUCUGAAACCAAAGUGAGGACUUUUAGCCAAGGCAGCAGCAGGUCGAGUAAAAGGAGCUCAGUUCGGCUGCGAUCUCACAGCAACUUGUCUGGUGAUUAUGGCCCUGACACUGUAUCAAACAGCCUCAGGAUCCUUUCCAGUCAGACGAUCAUACCGGACAUUCCAGACUAUGAGGAAGAGGACACCGAACAUCUUCAACCAGCCCCGCUCGCACGGAUCCUCAAGUACAAUCGUUCAGAGUGGCCCUACAUGCUACUGGGCUCUCUGGGAGCUGCUAUUAAUGGAUCUGUUAACCCCAUCUAUGCUGUGCUGUUCAGUCAAAUUCUAGGGACCUUUGCAUUAGCUGACAUCAACAAGCAGAAGGAGGAGAUCAACGGAAUAUGCCUGCUGUUUUGCAUUGUGGCCGUGACAAGUGUUUUUUCACAGUAUUUACAGGGAUACGCCUUUGCAAAGUCUGGAGAGUUGCUUACACGCCGCCUGAGGAAAUUAGGCUUCCAGGCCAUGCUGAGACAAGACAUCGGCUGGUUUGAUGACCUCAAAAAUAGCCCGGGUGCUUUGACCACAAGAUUGGCUACUGAUGCUUCUAUGGUCCAGGGUGCGACAGGAUCUCAAAUUGGCAUGAUCGUGAAUUCCCUUACCAACAUUGGAGCCUCAUUCAUCAUUGCCUUCUACUUCAGUUGGAAGUUAACCUUGGUCAUUAUGUGUUUCUUGCCACUGAUCGGGCUGUCUGGUCUCUUGCAAGCUAAAAUGUUGACAGGUUUUGCAAGUGAAGAUAAAAAGGCAAUGGAGGACGCGGGCCAGGUUUCCAGUGAAGCCCUUGCAAAUAUCAGAACCAUUGCAGGUUUGACCAAAGAGAGCUCAUUUGUGGAGUCAUAUGAGAAAAAACUUGAGUGUCCUUAUAAAUCUGCCAAGAAGCGAGACAAUGUCUACGGGCUCUUUUUCGGCUUGUCCCAGUGUGUGAUCUUCAUGGCGUACGCUGCUUCAUUUCGAUAUGGAGGGUAUUUGGUUAACUCAGAGGGGCUGCCAUACGUGAUCGUUUUCAGGGUGAUAUCGGCAGUAGUAAUCAGUGGGACUGCACUGGGCAGAGCUUCUUCUUUUACUCCAGAUUACGCCAAAGCCAAGACGGCUGCUGCUCAUUUCUUCAAACUUUUGGACCGAACGCCAAAAAUAAGCAUUAGCAGCACAGAAGGAGUGAAAUGGGAGAACUUCAAGGGCGAAAUAGAUUUUGUCAAUUGCGAGUUCACCUAUCCGACGCGUCCGGAUGUGCGCGUGUUGAAAGGCCUGCUGGUGUCUGUUAAGCCGGGUCAGACGUUGGCGUUUGUGGGGAGCAGUGGUUGUGGCAAAAGCACCAGUGUUCAACUUUUGGAAAGGUUCUACGACCCGGAUCAAGGGAAAGUGUUGAUUGAUGGCCACCCGUCUCGCUCAGUGAACGUGCCCUUCCUGAGAUCUCAGAUUGGCAUCGUGUCCCAGGAGCCUAUCUUGUUUGACUGCAGCAUUGCUGAGAAUAUUCAAUACGGGGACAACACACGCAGCGUCAGCAUGGAUGAAAUCAUGGAGGCAGCCAAGAAAGCCUACCUUCAUGACUUUGUGAUGACGCUGCCAAAUAAAUAUGAGACUCAGGUCGGCGCACAAGGCUCCCAGCUCUCAAGAGGGCAAAAACAACGCAUCGCCAUUGCCAGGGCAAUCGUCAGGAACCCUAAGAUCCUUCUUUUGGACGAAGCAACCUCUGCUCUGGACACAGAGAGCGAAAAGACCGUCCAGUCUGCUCUCGAUGACGCGAGAAAAGGCCGAACCUGCAUUGUCAUUGCUCACCGGCUCUCCACCAUCCAGAACGCUGACAUCAUUGCAGUGAUGUCACAUGGCGUUGUCAUAGAACAAGGCACUCAUGGAGAACUCAUGGCCAAAACUGGUGCCUAUUACAAACUGGUCACAACUGGAGCUCCGAUCAGCUAG